AAUUUCAGUGCAAGAAAGAAUCUGUUUCUUUUGUAUUCAUCCAUUUCUGGCAUCGCACAGUGAUUUCCCACCACCACUCUACCACCUUCACUUCACUGUCAUUGUUUGCUUGCAGUAUCAAUGGCGUUUUCCUCCGCAUUUCAGGAGCGUCUCCACCAGAUGGACUGUACUCGAAUCCAACGCCUCUCUCUUCUUCAGGCCGAGAAGGAGUCGCAAGCCGACAAGUCCCGAGCUUUGGCUUCGAAGCUCGCAAACAUCAGAGCCUCAGAGCAGAGGUGCUCCUGGCUCGAUCACAAAAUCGCGUCUCAGAAUUUCAAGCUUCUCGCUCUCAAGUGUCAAAUCGAGAACCUCGAAGCCAAGCAUGAUUCGCUUUCAUUGCAACUCAGGUCGUUGCAGAACGAGGUGGAGGAGCUCGAGGAAUUGCGCGACACGAGAGAGUGCUUUUACGAGGCCAAGAGGAUAGAAAUGAGGAAAUUCAAGGAAAUUGCUGAGAGCUUUGUGGUGAAUUGUAGAACGGAAGUUGAGAGUUUGAGGAAUAGAGUGAACCUGCUGAAGUCCUCUUUCAUGGAACUUAAAAGUAACAGUGGCAACUCUUGCAAUUCCGAAAUAACUGCUGCUGAAAUGAGAAGGUUGGAACUCCAGGCUGAAAAGGACAAUAUGUGUAGAAUCAUUGAUUGCAACCACCAAAUCAAAGCACAGUUGCAAAAGCAGCUUCAGAUUAUUCUGAUGACGCAAACACAAGAUAAAAGUGUCACUGCUAACUAUUCGUCUACUUGAAGAGUGUCACAUUCCUUUUUCCAGUUUCAACGGUUCUUAGAGGCCGUCUGCACUGAUAAAGCAAAGAAAAGGAGCAUUCAGAUAUGAGACUAAGAGAAGCAAUACAUGUUUUACUCUUACAUGUAUUUUAAAGUAGGACCAUGUUAACAAUUUUUUUAAUAAGUUUUUGAGAAUAGACUAUGUAUCACUAUUUUAUUAGUCUGUGUAUCUAAAACGGAUCAAUCAGAAACUAUCACAUAAGCAGUUGUUAAAAAAUA